CAGACCAAAGAUCAAGGUUUCCUAGCUCAGCCAUUUAUUAGUUAAGCCUUCAUUUCCACAGAGGUACAAUGGAGGUAACAGCCAUGAGGAUUAAGCAAAAUAAUACAUGAAAAGCGCUUAUCAUUUUCUUUCUCCACUGUGAGCUUCCAAGAUGACAAAGAAAAGAAGGAACAACAGUUGUGCCAAAAAGGGCCGCGGCCAUGUUCAGCCUAUUCGCUGCACGAACUGUGCCCAAUGUGUGCCCAAGGACAAGGCCAUUAAGAAAAUUGUCAUUCGAAACACAGUGGAGGCCGCAGCAGUCAAGGAUAUUUCUGAAGCGAGCAUCUUUGAUGCCUAUGUACUUCCCAAGCUCUAUGUGAAUCUACAUUACUGUGUGAGUUGUGCACUUCACAGCAAAGUCGUCAGGAGUCGAUCUCGUGAAGCCGGCAAGUACCGAACACCCAUCCCGAUUUAGACCUGCGGGUGCUGCCCCACGACCCCCACCAAAACCCAUGUAAGGAGCUGAGUAAAAGACUGAAGACAACUAUUCUCUGGAGAAAAAUAAA